GAAUUUCACUUAUAUUAAGGGAGCAUAUCCAGUGUGGUGCAGCCUACUACAACUAGAAUAAUGGACCAAUCAUAUCGUAAUGCAUAUUAAUUAUACUAAUUUAUAUAUAAUUUAGAUUUAAAUCGAUUUUUUCUAUUUAUGAAACUAAAAUUAAAAUUAAAAUAGACUUUUUUUUGAAUCGAAAUCGAAAAUCAAAUACUAAAAAAUCAAAAUUUUCAGUCCAGUUUUCGAUUUUCCAAUAAUUUUGUACGCCCUCAGGACUCUGCCAACAGUGGCGCGUGCCACCGGUGUGAUGCGUAAAUUUGAAGCAUUAAGGGAGGGAAGGGAAAUGAGGACGUCACAGACGGCGCCGACGCAGGAAGGAACGAAUGCGACGAUGAGCAGAGGAGGAGGUCAUCGGAAGGUGCUGAUAACUGGAGUCAGCAAAGGGUUGGGCAGAGCCCUAGCUCUGGAGAUGGCCAAGAGAGGCCACACAGUCAUUGGUUGCUCUCGCUCUCAGGAGAGGCUCGACUCCCUCCGUCCCGAGCUCCCCUCCGAUAACCAUCUCCUCCUCACCACCGAUGUGAAAUCAAAUAGCAGCAUCGAGGAGAUGGCGCGUGUUGUGAUGGAAAAUAAGGGGGUGCCAGAUAUCAUAGUGAACAAUGCAGGUACAAUUAAUCAAAACAACAGGCUAUGGGAAGUCCCAGCAGAAGAGUUUGAUACUGUCAUUGAUACUAACUUAAAAGGGACAACAAAUAUAUUGCGUCACUUCAUCCCUCGUAUGAUUGAGAACAAGCAAGGUGUUAUUGUGAAUAUGUCAUCAGGGUGGGGAAGAUCUGCUGCUGCACAGGUAGCACCUUACUGUGCUUCAAAAUGGGCAGUUGAGGGGUUGACGAGGUCUGUGGCAAAGGAGUUGCCCAGUGGACUUGCAAUUGUUGCACUUAGUCCAGGAGUAAUAAACACCGACAUGCUUGCGUCAUGCUUUGGCAAUUCAGCUUCCCUGUACCAAACACCUGAGUCAUGGGCUCCGAAGGCAGCUACAAUGAUACUCAAUCUUACAGCAGCGGAUAAUGGCGCGUCUCUUACCGUAUAAUGAAGGAUCUCAACAAAACAAUUUUCAUUUGUGCAGUAUUGUUACAAACUGUCUUUAAUAGUUUCCUCUCUCUUUCGUUCUUUCUUUCUUUCUUCUUCUUCUUCCCCCAAAUGCUUACUGUAUGUGUUGUGUUAGCUGAAACAGAUUUGAGAUGUGCAUAUCCUUUUCCAUGUACAACAUACUGAUUUAAAACAAGGGGGAAAUUGAUAUUCUUUUGCCAAUUUUGAAUAUAAA